GUGGAGUUGCGCAGUUGACGCACGUCCUGACGCAGGCGCGUGCAGUCAUUUGUUUUGGUGCUGCGCUGCUUGUGCACAGAGCAACAUGGCGACGUCCCUGAUCUGUGGCCGGUUGUCCGCUGGACUGUGGCAUUCCGGCCCAAGGACGACUUUAAGCUCGGCAGCUAGGGUGCUUGGUGGGACAUCGGGUCUAUUUGGUAAUCAUGGGAACCAGCCGUCUCCAAUGCUGUCAGUGCAGCAGCAGAGGAACCUCUCCCUGCAUGAAUACAUGAGCAUCGGGCUGCUGAAGGAAGCGGGCAUCUCUGUGCCCACAGGUUUGGUGGCCAGCACGCCUGAUGAGGCUUAUGCUGUUGCCAAGCAGAUCGGCUCUAAAGACCUGGUAGUGAAAGCCCAAGUGUUGGCGGGUGGUCGAGGCAAAGGCACUUUUGAGGGAGGUUUGAAAGGCGGUGUCAGAAUCGUUUACUCGCCAGAGGAAGCCAGAGAUAUCUCCUCUAAGAUGAUUGGCAAGAAGCUGUUCACUAAGCAGACAGGAGAGGCAGGGCGGAUCUGUAACCAGGUGUUUAUCUGCGAGCGCAGAUACCCACGCCGAGAGUAUUAUUUUGCCAUCACCAUGGAGAGGUCCUUCCAGGGCCCUGUGCUGAUUGGCAGUUCUCAGGGGGGCGUGAACAUUGAGGAUGUGGCUGCAGAGAAUCCUGAUGCUAUUGUGAAAGAGCCUAUUGAUAUCAUGCAGGGAAUAAAGAUGGAUCAGGCUGUUAAGGUAGCAGAGAAGAUGGGUUUCCCCCCUGCAUUGAUCAAUGAAGCUGCAAAAAACAUGUUGAAACUUUAUGAUGUGUUCAUCAAGUAUGAUGCAUCUAUGUUGGAGAUCAACCCAAUGGUGGAGGAUUCAUCUGGCAUUGUGAUGUGUAUGGACGCUAAGAUCAACUUUGACUCAAACGCUGCCUAUAGACAGAAGAAAGUGUUCGACAUGCGAGACUGGACGCAGGAGGAUGCCAGAGACAGACAGGCAGCCACAGCAGACCUCAACUACAUCGGCCUAGACGGCACUAUUGGCUGUCUGGUCAAUGGGGCUGGACUCGCUAUGGCCACCAUGGACAUCAUUAAACUACAUGGUGGAACACCUGCUAACUUCCUGGAUGUUGGAGGCGGAGCCACUGCACAGCAGGUGACGGAAGCCUUCAAGCUCAUCACCUCUGAUAAAAAGGUCCAAGCUAUUUUGGUGAACAUCUUUGGUGGCAUCAUGCGGUGUGAUGUCAUCGCACAGGGCAUUAUCAUGGCUGUCACUGACUUAGAACUGAAAAUCCCCAUCGUAGUGCGGUUACAAGGAACAAGAGUGGACGAUGCCAAGGCUCUGAUCGCUGCCAGCCCUCUGAAGAUCCUGGCCUGUGAUGAUCUGGACGAGGCGGCCAAAAUGGUUGUAAAGCUUUCUGAAAUUGUAUCGCUGGCCAAAGAGGCCCAGGUUGAUGUCAAAUUCCAGCUGCCCAUCUAACAGAGCAAACCUACAAGCCACAUCACUAUUCACACCAUCUUAUAUGAACUAUAUCUAAGCCACUUGAGCUUGUCUAGUCUCAGACCUCCAGUAGAGUUCUCCACAACCCCGUGUCCUGAUCAAGCUUCUGUCAUCUCUCGUUUGUGUCUCUCUGCGGUUCCCCGUUCCUUCUGUCUCAUCAGUGCUUUCAUAUUGUAAAAGCACGUGUGUAUCUGCAUGGUGCAACUUUCAUUUCAUGCAAAUCAACCUCACCCAGUGCAGAGCCCAUCAAACCAAUCCACUGACAUACUGUUGGGUUUUUUGGUUCCAUUGGUUUAGAUCGGGUCAGUGUUACUGCCUACUGUUGUUGGUUUCGUCAAUGUUAUUGUUUGUUUGAUUUCUUAAGUGGAGGAUGUAUUUAUGUGGGACUGUAUUUAUACUGUUGAAAUGUACUUGGAGAUCUGACUCUUUGGAUAAAGAAUGUCUCGGA